AAUCCGGAGUGACUAGACUUCCGAGAUAAUGGAAAUGUUCGUGUGGUCCAAGCUUACUACAAAAGCGCCCAGUCUUUGCUGUCAGAUCGUUCAGUUCGACUCAAGAUACGCAACACCGCGGAUUGCAAUGAAUAGGCCUCUGACGAUCGUGCUGCUGGUCGCCGCGAUCGUGAUCCAGACUCUGUUCGCGCUGCCCAGCGCGGAACGGGACAGCAACGCGGAUGAAUACAAACUGCCGGCAGACCUUCUGAUCGGAGCUGGUUUGUCAGCGGUGCAGACCGAAGGGGCCUGGGAUGUAGACGGUAAGGCAGAGAGCUCAGUGGACUGGGUCCUCAACACGAUGAAAAUGGACCCAAACCAUAAGGUAGCAGCAAACUCCUACAAUCGCUUCCGCGAAGAUGUUAAAAUGGCAGCUGAGCUCAAAUUGGACCUGUAUAAAUUCUCCAUUUCGUGGGCUCGAGUUCUGCCUACUGCGGAUGCUGACGCCCCUAAUGCAGCUGGCGUAACAUUUUACAAUAACCUCAUCGACGAAAUCAUAGCGAAGGGCAUGACCCCUAUGGUCACAAUGUAUCAUUUCGACCACCCUAGAAUAUUAGAAGAUAAAUUUAAGGGUUGGCAAGACAAACAGAUGGCAGAUAAGUUUGCUGAGUAUGCCGGUUUCCUCUUCAAAACUUUCGGUGACAGGGUUAAGCACUGGGUUACUAUCAAUGAGCCCAAUAUGUAUUGCGCUUACUUCACUAACAUGUAUGUACAAGCGGGCUUGCGAAAACGAGAAGAAGUCGACCAGUACGAGUGCAUUCACAACAAUAUAUUGGCCCACAUGAAAGCAAGACAAGUCUUUAAAAGGAGAAGUUAUGAUGGAAAACUUGGCUACAGUACGCUGUUGAUGUACGCUCAACCAGCAACUAUAAGUCCUGAAGAUGUAUAUGCCGCAAACGUCUUUAACGAACUUCACGCAGGAUCUUCGCUACAUCCAGUUGUCUAUGGAGAUUACCCACAGGUAUUCGUGGCUAACUACCAUUUGAAACAAACGCACCUUUUCUGUCUAUCUUAAGAGAAUCUCGAGAAAGCAAGGCAACAUUUGCGGAAGUGCUUUACUCAGCACGGGCUCUUUCAACCUUCAGCCGGUACAUCAGCCAGUAGCAACUCCCUACGGCUCCACUGCUGGUCCAGCGCGCUGCUAUCUUCUAUUUGUCAUAUCUUUGUACCGAACCUCCUCAAAACCGCCGUACGGCGCUAGAUAUGAAAAGUUACAAGAAAUGUAAGGUUGUUAACGAGAGUUGCCAAAUCGAACCGGGCACGGACACAUUUUUGAAUGAAAGUUAAACGGGGUCCAGAGUCGUGACAAGGGGCACCCUAUUUUCCUGGUUUUCCUGGUUAAAACCGCGUUUGACCUGCCAGCCACCAGUUAAAAAAAGUGUUCUAUAGGCCAUGCCGAAUAAGAAUAGCACGAUGGACUUAAGAUCUUUCUGCCCGACGCGAAAAGAUUUGUUUGCUUUUGGUAUGCUUUCGGUACGCUAUCGGUUCGCGGAGGGUCGCGCUCGGUGCGCCGAUGGGUCGCCGAGGUUCGUCAGGCUCCUGGGCGACGUACAAGAUUCGCCGGAGGUUCGCGCCGGAGCGACCUUUGUGUGUCAUCGAGUCGCUCCAUGCGCGGACGGGCGACCUGAGUAUGUUUUCAAGUCGCUCCGAGACGACCAGAGCGACCCCAGUACGCUUUCGGUUUACCUGGAGAGCCCCGGGUAGUCGGGGUAUUUUCCUUCCCUGGAAACCCCGGCCGGGGGCUAGCGCUAAUCCCUAGACCGGCGCACUUGAGAGCAGAAGAGGAGAACGAUGGGGCGGCCCCCGAAACCCCCGGAGCCCGACGGCUCCUCUGCAAUGCACACUGCACACUUUGGCAGCUGGACACAGCGACCACGUCAGUCUACAUACGAGUUGAAGUCGCAGAGAGGACGCACUCGUAGAGAGAGGACGCAUGCCUCCGUACAACUAUGCACAUACGUAAUGUACGCACAAUUUUAAGCGAUAUUAUGCAUAAUUACGGAGAAUGUUGUACACAGUUACGUAAAUUUUGAACGUAGGUUAUGUUUGUGGACAGUUGUACGCAGCUUCGCACAAAACAGAACAUUUUCAGUCAGUGCCCGCCGCAAAAUAAUUUGUUCACAUUAUGUGUGCGUUCUGCUCGCGUCGCGAAGAGGGGGACUUCAGUACGCUUUCAGGUCGCUCGCGGUUCGUCGGUUACAAUCUUCUGGCUCGUAGAGCCUCGAGGCUGGCCGAGGAGGGACCCCGGUAUCGGACACGGUCCCCUUACCGGCGAACUCGUGGUCUAGUGGUCAAGGUGACGGGUUCCUAACUCGGAUGACCGAGGUUCGAGUACCAGCAAAGGUAAAGUACUUUCCAAUUAAAUGUAAUUAAAUAAAAUUACUACGGUGAAGUAGAGGAAGAGGGACGGGCCAGGGAAAAGUAACAAUCGAUAAAAACCACAAAGAAAAUAUUUUCCUUUUUGGCUAUCGGAAUACCUCUGCCUACCCGCUCUGCACAUCUCCUACCCGGGUACUGCCCCCUAGAUUCCGACAUCAAAAUGUGCAUCUAGAGCGUACUUAAAACGAACAUUUGGCGUACUGCAAGCGAA